UGUAAAUAUAUAAAUACCUUUUAGGUAAAUACAAAUAAACGAGUGAUUCUUUGAGUAGGUACUUUUGAGCAUGGGUCCUAAAAAAGGUAAGGAUACCAAUGAUGAAAACUAUUGGAGAACUUUAAUUGAAGAAGCACCACUGGAUGACGAUAAUUGGAAAGUUAAAGUAAUAAUAAUGGAAGCAGCGGGUAGUGAUCAAGAUCGACUGUACUUAAACAAGUUUGAAGUCUUUGCCGCUGAAGAACGAAGGUUUGUUGUAAAAAAUAUUUGUAAAACUGAGACUAUUUUCAUGGUUAACCAACUUGGAGGCGAGAAAAAAGUUAAAGAUGAAAAUCUUCGAGUCUUCGAGGAAGGUCAAGCUUAUCUAAAAGAAAAAAGAGACAUCCCACCUGAUAUCUUAGCACUUAUAAUUAAGAAACUUAUUCUUAAAAUGAAGGAUGAGUAUCUUUUUAUCAAACGUCAGAGAUUGGAAGUCAGAGAGGGAAUGAAAAGAGAAUCUACAACUAUGAUAAAUAGGGCUGAAGUAAGAGGCACGGUCAUUGUCAAACCUCCAGAACCAGCUGAGCCACCUCCAGAACCUGCAAAGGGAAAAGGUAAAAAGGGAGAACCAGAGGUUCCUGAACUGCCUGAACUAGACGAGGGAAAGAAAUAUAAUACGCUACUUCGCGUAAGGGGUGAGGAAUGGAGAGAUAAAGUUUAUGUUGAUGACUAUCCUACUGAUGGUCCAAAUAUUUACGUUGCAGUAACUGGUUUUGCAGAACCAUACCUUUCAGAAAGCCUUAUAAAAAUUGGAAUACCCCUGAGAGCUAUAGUUCAAAUAAGAAUUAAUCCAACUGCAGUUAAAGUACCAUCGAGCUUAUUUCGAGCAACAAAACGAGGGCAAAGUCAAACCGAAGUUUUAAUAGAAAAGUCUUUAAAAUUUUGGGACGAUUUGCAACAGUUAAGAAUACAGUCUGAAUCAGGAGAUUAUUUUAAAUCUACAGCAUUUUUAAUAUACUCGCCUCCCUACUGGGAUGCCGAAAGUUUGUCAGGAGAACCAGAAAAAAUAUACGAUGAAUUGUGCUUCCUUAUGUAUGACAUUCAAGAUUUGACGAGACAACAUUUGCAUUAUUUGGAUAACAUAGAUAUUAUUAAUGUUCCUGAUGAUGAUAAAGAUAAAAGAUUCGAAAAUAAUUACUUUCAACAAAUCGACGAUAUACCUCUUGAGAGCACCACUAUCUAUACGACAUUAGAUAAAAUUUUAAAAACAGUUUGUAGAAGCGAACACUUUGAUGAAAACACGAGUCAAACAUCAUUAUCAACUGCUUUAACUUUGAAUCAACCUCAUGAUAAUUCAAAAGAGGAUACUAAAGCAAAACGUGCCGAAAAUUUUGUAAGCGAUGUCUUUAAAGUUCUUUGUAAUAGCGAUGCUAAGAAUAAAUCCUAUCGCAUAACUUACGGUGAAGAGUAUGAAACGCAUAAAAAUCCUGUUGUAAUUAAUUUUGGAGACAUUGUUAAGUAUAACACAUUUCAUUUAGGAAAUAUCAAUUUAGAUAAUUUAGUUCGAUGUAUGUUAUUCGGAUUGCCUACUAAUAGACUGUGGCAAUAUCACGACUAUCCGAGUGGUGAAUUAGAAGCCAAGAUACAAUUUCAUGUUAACGUUCUCUUAUCAUGUUUCGAAAGAAAUGACGUGGAGACCGCAGAGUUGAACAGACUUUUGCAUAUUUUAGCUUGUCGUAAAUUAUAUAACAACAGAAGUUCCUUAAAGAAGAUGCAUAUACCACUUAGUACAAUAUCAGAAUUUAAAAAGGUGUACCUUAAACGGAGUAUACUUGCUGAACCAUUGUUAACGUGUCCUUCUUUUUACCGUGAAUGUAGCUCAACCAGUCCAUCAUUUCCAUCCAUGGUUAAAAGCACGGAGAGUAAUCUGAAAUCGAAAAUUAGCGAUGAUGAAAUAUAUCGUAUUAAAUUUUUAUUUGAAUGUCCAGAUAUAAGUGAAUUAGUUUCAGCUGCUGAAAUAGCUAAUCAGAAACCUAUAAAUCAUAUACUGGAUGAUUUUGAAUAUUUUGAAGACUUUUCUGGGACAUGCGCAUUCCAAAUGAUGUCCGAUGCAUUCAAUAAGUUUAAUUGCGUAGAUUACAAGUAUUGUGAGGUAACAGACUGUUUUAUCAUGAUGUUCUUUAAUAGUCAUGAUCAAGAUGGUAUUUCGCGUGACGAAUGGCGAUGUCACUUACCUACGCCAUUAUGUCUACAAGAUUUUUUCGAUUUUGUGCUAGAAGAACAAUAUGAAUGGAUUAAGAAGGAGGAACAAAUCUAUGAUAAACGAAUAGCGUUAAAGUCACAGUCAGAAUUAAAAGUAUCAAAUGGAGAUAUGGCAAUACAAUCUUGUGUUGAUAAUUCUGAGGUUCAAUUGGAGCUUCUGAUGGAAGGAUCUCUUAAACAUAAAGAUUUAUUAGAAGCUGAAGAAGCUACACCCGAUGAAAGUUUUGUCCAGACCUCUGUCUCGAAAAAAACUGCAAAGACGCCAUCGGAGAGUGAUAUUGAAUCUAAAAGCAGUAAGAAAACUAAAUCACCCACUGCAACAACUCCUAAAAAUGCAAGAAAAAGCUUUCAUACAGAAUCUGCUUUACUUCAAGAUAUGCCAAAAAAACCUUUCUCUGGUUACGACUUAGGUGACAGAAGAGUGGAGGUAUUUGGUAAAGAUUCAAUAUUUUUCUCAAAAGACGGUACACGGGUAUCUACGUCAUAUUCCUUGAUUAUACCAAAAAACAUGGAAAAUAUAAGUUUAAAAAUAGUUCCUGGUAAUGGGUGCAAUGAAUUCUGGGUGCACAAAAUGUUGGGGGAUUUAAUAAGUUCCGAUGUUAUUGACGAUUGUGAAUCAUUUAGAAUUGUCAGCAAAAAUAACGUUAUUAUUUAUGUUAAAAAACAGCAUUAUGAACUGCCCCUUGCCACGGUAGCUGUUUCUACGAUAGAAACACAUAAACCACGGGAAAGUACAGUUAAAUCACCAAAUAUGUCUUCAAAAUUAAGCGCUACGGUUCCUCAGUUUUUUGAAACGAAAUAUUUUUACUCCCUCAUUGUGACAUGGCCUAAUGGCCAGAUUACGGAAACAGUUCACGAAAAUAAUUCUCAUGAGAUAUCACAUAUUAAGCAGCAUUAUCUUACUCAAUUACCGCAUUUAAAUGAAGAAAACCGAUGCAUAAGUUUAAAUGGUGAAGUAGUUGUCUUUAAUGCUUGUGGUAAUAUAGAGGUAUUACGUCCAGAUGGAUCCUAUAUCAAUAUAACAAAAUGUGUAAAACAACCCGUCAGUACGGAUUUCAACGAAUUUUUAAGUGAAACCAGCUCUGAAAAAACCAAGAAAGGUAAAGAUAAAAGCAAAGAGAAGGGAAAGCCUAGUAAAGCAUCUUCUAAGUCAUCUAAAAACGUUAUAAUUGACGAUGAUCACAUGGAUACAAAACCUUUAGAGUACGAAUUGAUUAUUGAAGAAUUUGAAACAAUUGAUACCAAUGGUGUAAAAGAAAAAUGGAUUAAUGAUAAAUCAUUAUUUAUAGAAAAACUCCUUAUAAGAACAGCAACAGACUAUUGCCUGGGAGAAGUGUUUUCAAGAAGAAUGGAUGGAACAAACGUUUUGUUAAAUAAAGAUGGUGUACAAAUUGUUACUUUUCCAAACAAUACUCGUAUUAUUACGGAGUGUUUCAUUGAAGACGAUGUUUACCCAGAGUGGAACGAAGAAGAAUUGGAAUAUUUCGCAAUGAUAGAUUCUGAUAUUGCCGAAAUAGAUACUUUAAAAUCUAAAGCUUCUGAUUCAAUGAAAAGUUAUAAUGUUGAACAAGAAGGUAGCAGUAGCUAUGUAAGUGGAAUGUCCAAGAAAAUUGAAGAAGAGGAGAAAAGAGAUAAGAAGGAACGUUCAGACGGUUAUGUUUCUAUUCAGCUUAUGUUUACUAUAGAGCAUCCAAAUUUUACAACAAUUACAAUUAACAAAUCGAAUGGGAAAGUAACCAUUGAUUCUCCUAAUAAUACUAGCAUUAGUUUAUGUAAAAACAACAAUUGCGAAUUUUUACUAGAUAAUGUCACAAACGCUGAUUUUAAUGGUGAAUAUUUAAAUAUAAACUAUGAAGCUUGUGUAGAUUGUCAGUGUAAAACUACUUGCACUGUGAAGAUCAAAUCAGAAGAUAUGUGUAGUGUUAGUCAAAUUCAUCGCAAUUGGUUAAAAAUGGAAGAUUCUUUUUGCAAGAAAGUUGUCGUUAAUGAUGAAGGUAAUAUAAAUGUAUGUAAUGACACUUCAUCUGAAGAAAUAAUUCCUGGUGAAGAAACAAGUCAGCUCGUAGGCUCUGCUAAUAAUAUUGAGACGAAGAUUCCCCCGAUUAAAUCAGAAAGCUCAAUGUUAUCGCAUGGGAAGUGUAAGCAGAUGUAUGAAACAAAAAAUAGGAGGUUUUUCAUCCUGAAACGUGAUUUGACGUGUUCAGAAUUAGUCCACCGAUCAAUUAUAGAAGAGUACAAGCAAGCGUGCCGAUGGCAACCAUGGUGUUCAAUUAACCGUUAUAACACUUUCGGGGACAGUCGAAGCAUUGUAUCUAUUUUGUCACCUGUACAUCAGACGGAGACCGAGAAAUGGUUAAUGGAAUCUAAACUAGCGAACAAGCCAAAGUUUUUGACUUAUAAGGACCUCAAAAAAGAUACCGGCAAAGGUUUUUAUCACUGGAUGCGACCGUACGGCAGAUUUGAACCCAAACCAAAGAAACCUGAUAAUGUCCUGCCCGAUAGGUUACCACGAGCUUACAUAUUCAGAGUAUUAGAACAGCAAUGGAAUGAAAAUACAAGAGAACAAUUCAAAGGUGGCAAAGAGCUCUUGCGUGCAAUUCUUCGAUAUCGUCAAGUCAUUGAAAGCGAUAGUGAAACCAUUCUCAAUAUUCCUAUCAUGGAUUUGAGGCCGGAAGACGAGAGACGCACGGAUAGUAUAAUACAGGCUAUCGCUCAUAGGACAUACGAAGACUUGAAAAUGAGAUUGGCUGAAGAUGUUCAAUCCAGAGCAAAAGCCACGAUCACCACGAAGCCGGUGCCACUGCCUGAUGAGAUCUCUAUUGAAGGGGAGAUGGAGGAUGAGGAAACAGAAGAAUUGAAAACAUCGACCGGCGAAGAGUCAAGCGUGCUACAAGAAGUGAAUGUUGUCGAGGAGAUGAGUCCGAAUUUGAAGCGGUACUGGCGCAGACGAGGGGAGGAAUUUAAGGAGGAACAGUUUUAUAAGUAUCUGCUCCGCGAAGGCAGUGUACCUCCUUACUUCCGUAACGUCCUGGGCGGUGCGAUCUGGUGGGACAUGAACAAUGCGGCUGGUGAAGCGGCCACCACGGCGGAGAGGAGGAAGAUGAAAUGCGCCUGUCCUGUUGAAGAAGUGGCUACUGAAGCGACGCCAUACAUGUAGAAUGCAAUACGGGAAUAAAUGUGAAAUUGUG